CCCGCCCCCACCACCCGGCGCCGGCAGCUCUCAGCUCGAGGAGACGGUGAGGAAGGCGCCAUCUUUUAUCUUCCCCCCCGCACCUCCCCUCAGGGUCAUCAUGAAAGAGCAGAAAACAAAGAGGAAAUUUUUUGCACCUCCUAAAGUACAGAGGAAAAGGUUUGAAGUAACUGGACAAUGGAAGCCAAUGGACAUUGACCCAAGUAUAUUUGGUGAGGCAGAUUUGGGGGGCCUUAUCUGCUUUGAAGAACUUACAGAUUAUGAAUCGGUUAGCACUGUGAAAGGAGCGGAGAAAAAGACAAAAAAGAGACAAUUGGAGGUGUCCUUGGACUCUUCCUCUCCAAAGAAGCUGAAAACGAGCGGAAAUGAUUCACCCAUAUCUCCCCAAACAAAGAAGAAGAAAAAGAAGAAAAAUGCCACAGAUCAGCACCUCAAGAAUGUGGAGGAUGUUGAUUGUUUCUCCGAAGAUGUGAAUGAAAUUGAACGUUUAGUAAAGAAUAAUCAGGGAGUGAGAGAAACGAAUAAUGGCUCCAUAGCGCCCCAGAAAAAGAAAAAGAGGAAGAAGAAAAAAUCAGCAACUUCUCAACAAAAAGAGUUACCUCGACCCCCUAACUCAGGCAAGAAAGUGAAAAACUGGACAGCAGCAAAUCAGUCCCAGUCGCUUAACCAAUCCGCCGACGUCUCCGCCUGGAAAGAUUUGUUUGUCCCAGAGCCAGUUCUCUCAGCCCUGAGUUCUCUUGGCUACAGCGCUCCAACUCCCAUCCAAGCACUUGUGCUGCCGCCCGCCAUUCGUGACAAAAUGGACAUUCUAGGUGCUGCAGAAACAGGCAGCGGUAAAACUCUGGCAUUUGCUAUUCCAAUGAUUAAUAUCAUAUUGGAGUGGAGAGAAGCCAAAGAAACAAAAUUGAAAAGGGGUGAGGAGGUUCCGGACAGCAACCAGGACAACUCUAAGAAUGACAAUCAAGAUCCAAUCAGUGAUGAUGUGCUGGAAUGUGCCGGGGAAGAACAAGAGGAGGUGGAGGUGAACGAGAGUGAAGAUGAGCAUGGCUCCCCCAAGCUGGGCUGCGUGAAAGUGAUCAACAACGCGGCGAUUGAUUUUGAAGUUGAUGCUGUUUGCAAUGAUGAAAAUCCAUUGAUGGGGCUGGUACUGACUCCAACUAGGGAAUUAGCUGUCCAGGUGAAGCAUCAUAUUGAUGCAGUAGCCAAAUUCACUGGGAUCAGAACCGCAAUCCUAGUUGGAGGAAUGGCCCCACAGAAACAGGAGAGGGUUCUGAGUCGCAAGCCUGAAAUUGUGAUCGCAACACCCGGGCGACUGUGGGAUCUGAUAAAGGAAAAACAUCCACACCUCAGUCACCUGAGACAGCUCAGGUGUCUGGUGAUUGAUGAAGCUGAUCGAAUGGUUGAAAAGGGACAUUUUGCUGAACUGACUGAGCUUUUGGAGUUGCUGAAUAACAAAGAAUACCAUCCGAAGAGAAGAAUCUUUGUGUUUUCCGCCACACUGACCAUGGUUCACCAGGCUCCCUCGAGAAUCCUGAGCAAGAAGCACGGCAAAAAUAUCGAUAAAGACACCAAGCUAGAAAUCCUAAUGCAAAAAAUAGGAAUGAGGACGAAACCCAAAGUGAUUGACUUGACCAGAAAGGAGGGCACAGUCGAGACCCUGACUGAAACCCGAAUCCAGUGCCAGGCGGAAGAGAAAGAUUUCUAUCUGUAUUACUUCCUGCUUCAGUAUCCAGGGAGAACCAUGGUCUUCGCUAACAGUAUCGACUGUAUCAGACGUCUGAACGGACUGCUCACUCACCUGGAAUGUAACCCACUGCCACUGCAUGCAAACAUGCAUCAGAAGCAAAGGUUGAAGAACUUGGAAAGAUUUGCUGAAAGAGAGAGCUGUGUUUUGCUAACCACGGAUGUUGCAGCUCGGGGUCUAGAUAUUCCCAAUGUACAGCAUGUUUUCCAUUAUCAGAUUCCCCGCACGACAGAGACGUACGUCCACAGGAGCGGCAGAACUGCUCGAGCUUCGAAGGCUGGCCUAGCGUUGAUGAUGGUCGGCCCAAGUGACCUGCUUUUCUUCAAGAAAAUAUGCAAGGCCUUGGGAAAAGAUGAAAGCAUUCCUUUCUUUCCAGUCCAACUCAAAUGCAUGUCUGCAAUAAAGGCCCGUGUCAAUACUGCCAGGAGCAUAGAGAAGAUGGAAUACCAGUACAACAAGGCACAGCAGCACAACAGCUGGUUCCAGCAAGCUGCCGAAGCUCUGGAGGUGGAUUUGGAUGAUGACGUCCUAAUGGGUGGGAAGCAUGACGAAGCUGAUGAAAAGCAGAGACAAAGGAUGUUGAAAGGAAUGAAGAAAGAACUAAAACAUAUGCUCUCACAGCCUGUGUUCAAAAACUGCCUGAUGACUAGGUACCCAACACAAAUGGGCAGGUUAAUAUUGCCUGAUUUACCAGUGGCCACCCAAGAAUCCGCUUUAAGCACAAUCAUAAAACAUAAAAAAAAGCAGCCAUUGCAUAAAAAAGCAAAAUGCUGAGUGAACUUGUAAAGAUGAUGUACACAACUGUUGUGACAUAGCAAAUGGCCACAAGUGAAUACCCCAUUUAUUUCGUUUAAUAAAAAAAAACCACUUAAAA